UUUAGUUUGAACACAGCUGUAGUUUGAACACGGCUGUAGUCUGAACAUGGCUACAGCGUGCAUGUUUUGUCUCGUGUUUUCGUAUUGGACUUUACCAGCUCAUGUCGACUCUCCUCCAGUGCCAGAGAGAAUCAAUACCCAAUUUAAACUGGAACUUCACUGUCGGGCUCAUGAAGGUGAAGUUGUGAUCCUUGAAUGGAAACUAAAGAGUAAAGACAGAUAUGUCCUUUUGUACAGAGACGGCAAAGUGCGACAUAAUGACCAAAACCCAUUUUUCUCAAACCGAGUGGAACUCAAAGAUUCACAUUUCAAGUCUGGAGAUCUCAGUGUGAUCCUGAAGAACAUUACCUCAAUGGACAGUGGGAUGUACACGUGUGAGGCUAAAAUUAAGACUUCACACAGAGAAAAGGAUAUCUACCAUGAAAUGAAUGUGACAGUGAUCGAAGCAGAUGAGCUGUUUGUGAAUCAGUCUGGAGUGGUUGAGCUGCCAUGUUCGUCUCCAGGGGGCGCCACAGUUCAUGAUCUAAAGUGGACUCUGCAGGAUCAGGAAGGGAAAGAGCAUCACCUCCUUCACUUCAGAUAUGGCCAAGUGACCUAUCAAGACCCAUAUUGGUCAAACCGAGUGAAGCUCCGAGAUCCAGAGCUGAAGUCUGGAGACCUGACCAUGAAGCUACUGAAUGUGACCAUGGAGAACAGUGGGACAUACAUCUGUGUGGCUCAAAGUCACUCUUCAGAUAGAAAAAAGAAAGUCUUCUUACACCUUAUUCCUCUGACAGUAAAUCCAGAGAUGAAGCCUUCACAGAAAGGAGCUCAGCACAUUGAAAUAUAUUCUGCUAUUGCAGCUCUGGUUGUUAUUAUUAUUAUUGCCAUUUUUGCUUUUGUUUAUUCUAAAAAAUGUAAAAUGAAAUGUGGCGCCUCCAUUGAGAAUGGUUCUGAUCCUGAGGGUCCCUCUCAGAGCAGGAGGGAGUCCAAAGACAUUCUUCUGGGAUCACACGAAGCAGAAGGAAAUGGAAAGUUUAAGGAAAUAUCCCAGAAAAAAAGAGGUGCACCAACUAACUUUUCAGCUGGAUGGGCCGCCUAUGAAGAUGUUACUGCUUUCCCUAGAAAGUAAUUAGCAUUGGAACAUUUCCAUCCCUAUUAUUCUUUAUUUAAUGUUGCACCAUAACGCCAAAGCUUGUUCCUAGUUUGUUUAUUUUGUUCACUGAUAAACACUCUACUAGAACAAAAUACAACCAAAGAAUGAACAAUGACUGACUUUAUACUUUUGGUAUAGGGACAACAAUAAACAAGAGUUAAGUGUCUGGAACAUGGUGCAGAUUUCAAACUGUUGCAAUGAGAUUAGUUUCUAGGAAA